CAGAUGACGAUAGGAUGGAUACAGGAGAGGAGUCAAGCACAUGCGCCAUUUGUUUUGAUUCUUUUCUAUGUCCUAAAAUUCUCUCCUGCCGUCACACCUUCUGCAAGCCGUGUCUCGAGGAUUAUACAAAGAAAGUGGAGGUGGACGAAAUAGUCUGUCCGUUAUGUCGACAAAAGCAGAUAUUGGACUGCCGGGGUUUGGAUGGAUUGAUGGACAACUAUUUUGUACCUUUGAGGGCACCGGAACUUCCGGUUAUUCUUUGUUGUGAUAUUUGUUACGAGGAGGCAGAGGUCAACCAAUGCUCACAUUGUAUUCUUAAGCUGUGCUAUUCCUGCAAAUCAUCCCACAACCUUGCACUGAAAAUGUCGGGUGAAAAAGCUGGAUCGGAUUUAGAUUCCGAGGCGUCCGAGGGGAGUGAUUUAUCAGAAGAUGGCGGAAUGAUCUCGAUACGCUCUUUAGUGCAAUCAGAUCAUUCAUCAAGAACAAAAUUAAUUGCAGACUUUGUUUCUGCUUUUAAAGUACCAUGUAAUACUCUAAAUGAUCAGCCAUCGAUUUCAUGCAUUUUUCCUAAAUCGGAAGAAACUUGCUUGGUUAUUGUGGACCUCGGUCCGGAAAUCAUUGAAUGCACGCUAAACGGAAGGCCGUUCACAAGUAAGUGUUUCAGUGAAGGGAUUCGUGGAAUAACUAAGUCCUUAGACAAUAAAAUUUUGUUUUCAAACGUGCAUGAAGCAGCCAUUUUUCAAAUGGUUGACGAAACUCGCAUAAAAAUCUUUGCAAAAUGUUAUGAAUUUAGGCCUUCGUCCUUAUCUGCAUUCAAGGACGGAAGAAUCGUUUCCGUUGGGUCUGAGAAUAACUUUCAUCAUAUUGCUAAACGUUCGGAACACCACGGAGCAUUGCAAAUAUAUGACACUGAUGGGAAAUUGUUGAGAGAAAUAGUGAAAGAUGGGAGAGAACUUUUAUUCAAACAUCCUGUGAGCGUUUCAGUAAAUCCUAAAAACGAUACAAUAUGUACAGCAGAUGCAAAACUGAACCAAGUACUUGUUAUGACAGAAGAAGGAUAUGUAAUUAGAAAGUACAAAGGGACAAAUACCGGUAGUGAUGAUGGACAUUUUGGAAUACGACUAAGUAUCGGCAUCUUUAUUCCUACGGCCCUGUGUCAUGACGAGGAAGGAAAUCUCGUGAUAGCCAACGUUAUUGACGGAUCUCUGCAUAUUCUUCUUCCCAACGGAGAUUUCUGUGGUUUUAUAGCCACAAGGAAUAAUAGAAAUUUCGGGAAUCCUAAUAGUCUUUGUUUUGAUAGCAAGAAUAGGCUCUGGGUUGGUGACCAUCGAAACGGAAAAGUAAAAAUAUUUGAAAUUCUGUCUUUUAGAAAUAAUUUAAUCGGUUGUGAACACUAAUGAACUUUUUGUAUAAAAACUGAGAAAAUUGAAUAUAUUGUAUUUUCAAUUACAUAAUAAAUUACGUCAUGCAUAUUAUUUUAAGAAAACAUAUAACUACAAUGACCUGAAUUUAAUAACUUACAUCGAAACAACUCACCACAGCACAAUGUAGUGUACUUGAUAUCUUUUUAUGUGUUUUCUUUACUUGAAAUCAAUUUUUUGUACAUAUUUUUAUUGGAACUGUUAAUAAUUGUGAUUGAAUUUCAUUGAGAAAAAAAGAAGACCUGAAUUAUAACUCUGUAUCACCACACAGAGACUUAAUAUAUUUAGUCAGUUUUUGUGUUUCCUUUAUUGUUUUUUUUUUCUUAUUUGAAUUUUAAAAAAUUAAAACAUAUUCCAUAAAUC